UAUUAAGGAAAGUCUUAUCAGCUGGACAAGCUAACAGAAUUUGUGGAUCAUUUAGAAUCCGAAAGACAGGACGUCGACAGUAUGUUCACCAUGAGACUUCUGCCGUUACUGGUUAUCGCUGUUUACGGAUACAGUCUCUGCUUGGCUGCUGAUGACCCUGUACAGAUAUUUUUGUCCCAUAUUGAUAAUGCGACAGCUAAUCUCUGGGCCCAGUUGGAGACCGACAACGACCACGUGUUUCUAAGGAACGAUCUGGAGUCCUUCAUCCACUCAUACGACACCGACAACAAUUCUCAUGUUACGAUGGGGGAAUUCUUCACUCAUUUUCUGAAAGAUGAUCCCGACUUAGGUUCAGUUGCAUAUGGGCUGUUCCAAGAGUUUGACGUUGACCAGAAUGGUACGAUCGACACCAAGGACCUUGAUACAGUUUAUGCACGUAUUGAUAUGAACGGUGAUAUGCGAGUCGAUGAAGCAGAGUUCAAACAAUACUUCAAAUCUCUAUUGACCAUUCUCUACCUGCUGCACAUACAAGGUAUCCCCGACCCGGGACCAAUUGAGUAGUAAACACAAUAAAACAUCUUGUUGACAGAG